UAAACUCUCUGAAGUACCUUCAGAUGCAUUUAGUGAACUAACCAACCUGCAAUAUCUGUGAGUGGUUUUCAUUUCCAUUCCAGUUCAUGCUUAGUAAUUUUAAGUUCAAGCUUGAGCUUGAAAUCUUAAUCAAGUGGUACAAGUUUGGUGUGUUCUUGCGAUGGAGUGAUGGCUCUUACUGCCUGCGAUCCCGGAUUCAAAGGUCUGCGAUGGCUUCCUGGCGGGAGUCUUUGUCUGGUUGUUGUUUUUUGUUGUUGUUUUCAGGACAUUUAACUCUUUCAGUUUUAUACUAGAAUAAAGUUGUAAAUUGAAUUACUUAUCUUCUUUGCUCAGGAAACUUGACCGUUUCAUUCUCUGCUGCUAUGCCAAGAAAUCAAUCGAAGGAGUUGACUGUGAGUCACCAGUCGAUGAAUUCUCAAGCUGCGAGGACCUCAUGAAGAACAGCGCGCUUCAGAUCUGUAUUUGGAUUCUUGGAAUCCUCGCCUUCCUCGGAAACCUCCUUGUCAUAAUAUGGCGGAUCAUUGAUAAGGAAGAGAACAGGGUGAAUUCUUUCUUGCUGACAAACCUGGCAGUCGCUGAUAUGUUAAUGGGAGUCUAUAUGUUAACGAUUGCGAUCAUGGACUUGAGAUGGCGAGGGGAAUAUUUUAUGCAUGACAUCAAAUGGAGAUCUGGUAUUGGUUGUCAAAUUGCUGGAGCUCUUUCGAUGCUCUCCAGUGAAGUAUCCGUGCUGAUUCUAACAAUCAUCACGCUAGACAGACUAAUAUCCAUCGUCUUUCCUUUCAAGUUCAAUCGCCUUACUUACAAGACCGCCGUUUUCUCGUGCAUUGGGGUAUGGGUAUUUGGCGUAGUCAUAUCAGUGAUUCCAAUCACCGGCUUAAGCUACUUUUAUGAUGAAAGCGGUCAUUUUGGUUUCUACAGCCGCUCUGCCGUUUGCCUUCCGCUUCAGCUGUCUGGAGGAAUUCGAAAACCGGCUGGCUGGGAAUAUUCUGUCGCCUUUUUCAUUGGUUUGAACUUUAUUUCUUUCACCUUCAUCCUCAUAGCGUACAUAUCGAUGUUCUGGACGGUAAAGCGAGUUUCUCGCGCCGCGCGAUCAACAAAUUUAAACAAAGAAUCCGCCAUGGCCAAGCGACUUGUGUUCAUUGUGAUGACAGACUUUUGCUGUUGGAUGCCAAUAAUUAUAAUCAACAUUUUAUCUCUGACUGGAAAUUUUGACGAUCCAGACAAAAUUGCCUAAGUGUGGAUAGCAGUGUUUGUUCUUCCACUGAACUCUUCCCUCAAUCCAAUCUUGUACACGUUUUCCACCGACAGAACUAAACGAAGCUUGGUCCGGAAGCGGAAAAAUGUCGUUGGUCUGGUUAUGCAGACGCUAAAC